CCGGGCUCGGCGGAUGGCUCUGCGCCGAGGUCUCCGAGCCGGUGGUGGAGCCAUUGCCGAUGAUGGCGUCGUGGGCGGAGCGGAAGUAGGAUCUGGCGGAAGGGGCGGAGCCACCUAUCCCUGUCUUCCCCUGGGGCUCCGCUGGGAGACCUGUCCAAAACUCCGCUUCCGGGGAGGGCGGGCCGGCGCAGCGACGGUAGCUCGGCGGGUCAGCGGAGUGCACCUCCAGGUCUGCAGGGCUUUGUCGGGAGCCGGGAUUUCGCGCUUGCUGGCAGGAAGUCAGCCACAGAGCAGGCAGCGCUGGGGCCACGCCUCGGACGCUGUCGGCCACAGCCCUUCGCCAGCGGCAACUCUGGCUGGAAGAGGUCUUCCAAGGCCAGAAGAGCAAGAGUGUCUUAGGACCUUGGUGGAGAGAGAGUGGCCUGCGACUUUCACCCUGCCCUGGAGAGCCCUCUUUGGCCUCAUGGCAGCACCGCCGCUGGGCCGUCUGGUGCUGACCCACCUGCUGGUGGCCCUCUUCGGCAUGGGCUCUUGGGCUGCUGUGAAUGGCAUCUGGGUGGAGCUGCCCGUGGUGGUGAAAGACCUCCCAGAGAGUUGGAGCCUCCCCUCGUACCUCUCUGUGCUUGUGGCGCUGGGGAAUCUGGGUCUGCUGGUGGUAACCCUGUGGAGGCAGCUGGCCCCGGGCAAGGGCGAGCGGGUCCCCAUCCAGGUGGUGCAAGGGCUGGGCAUAGUGGGCACAGCCCUGCUGGCCCCUCUGUGGCACCACGUGGCCCCAGUGGCUGGGCAGCCCCACUCUGUGGCCUUUCUGACAUUGACAUUAGUGCUGGCACUAGCCUGCUGUGCCUCUAACGUCACUUUCCUGCCCUUCCUCAGCCACCUGCCACCUCCUUUCUUACGGUCUUUCUUCCUGGGUCAAGGCCUCAGUGCCCUCCUGCCCUGUAUGCUGGCCCUCAUUCAGGGUGUGGGCCGCCUUGAGUGCCUGCCUGCUUCGGCCAAUGGCACCUCUGAGCCCAUCUACUUCCCUGAGCUUUUUUCUGCCAGCACCUUCUUCUGGGCACUGACUGCCCUUCUGGUCACUUCGGCUGCCGCCUUCCAGGGUCUCCUGCUGUUGCUGCCAUCACCACCGUCUGUACCCACAGGCGGUCCAGCGCAGGGCCUGCGAGUGAGAGAACCAGGAGUGGAGGAGGAAGAGGAAGAGGUUUCACCAUUGCAGGAGCCACCAAACCAGGCAGCAGGCACCACUGUCAGCCCAGACCCUAAGGCCCAUCAGCUGUUCUCAGCCCGCGGUGCCUGCCUGCUGGGCCUGCUGGCCAUCACCAGUGCACUGACCAAUGGUGUGCUGCCUGCUGUGCAGAGCUUUUCCUGCUUGCCCUAUGGGCACCUGUCUUACCACCUGGCAGUGGUACUGGCCAGCUGUGCCAACCCUCUUGCCUGCUUUUUGGCCAUGGCCAUCCUGUGCAGGUCCCUGGCAGGGCUCUGUGGGCUCUUUCUGCUGGGCAUGCUCUUUGGGGCCUACUUGAUGACAUUGGCAGUCCUGAGCCCCUGCCCUCCUCUAGUGGGCACCUCUACAGGCAUGGUCCUUGUGGUGCUGUCAUGGGUGCUGUGUAUGGGCCUGUUCUCAUAUGUCAAGGUGUCGAUAAGCUCCGUGCUACAUGGUGGGGGCCGGCCAGCAUUGCUAGGAGCUGGCGUGACCAUCCAGAUGGGCUCCCUGCUUGGUGCUGUUGCCAUGUUCCCUCCUGCCAGCAUCUACCACGUAUUCCACAGUGGACAGGAUUGUGUGGACUCAUGUGGCCGCUGAACUUGAGCAGGAUAUGGGAGUGGUCAGGGACGGAUAUGGCCAUCCACAUUUGGGAAUCAACUUCUCUGUGCCCCGCCCCAGGAGGGAGACCUCAUUGCCCACCUCCAUUGGAUCUGGACUACUGCACUUUUCACUGCAGCUUCUGAGACCUUAGAGGCCACUUGGGUUCUAGUGGGGGUUAAUCAAAGCACCUCAGGGGAAUAAAUCAGUCCACCGUAAGAUCUGUCUUGGGGGUAUCAAUUAUCUUAAUAACUAUUAAAAUUACUCAAAAGUUUUGAAGGAGCUUGCCCAAGAAUGAAGGUACCCAGAAACAAACAGAGCAAAGAGGUAGAGAAACGGAACAUCAUGGAGUCAUCUGGGUCCACCUGUGCCAAAAGCUACCCCAGCCCUCUGGAUCUUCCCACUCAAGCUCCCAUAGACCCCCAGAUUUCUAAAAGUAUACCUGAUUCAUCUUCCGAGUUCUCAUCCCCACCCCAGGCCCUUAUUUCUCCAAUUGCCUGCAUUUCCUAGCCUUCACACUACUUUUACUCUAGUUCCCCUAGUUUGCUUAAGCAACAGCCCUAAUGGUAACUCCCAGGGACUGAGGAAGAGACCACCACCCAUCUCAUCACCAUCACAGUUCUGGCACAUCUAGGGCGCAGGGGCAGGCCCACUAAUGUCUGAGCAUGGCUGACUCCUGGCUUGGUAGAAGAUUGGUGGCUUUUUAUUCAGAAACAAAGAACUGUGAUGUUCU